CCCGUUAGAGACAAAUUGAAGAAACCCGACAUCUUAAACCUGGUUUAAAACAAAAUCCGGACACAGACACAAACUUAGAAACCACUUUAUUCUUUUUUUCCUUAAUUAUUUACCCUCUUUAAUCACACCCACAUGACAUAAAUCACUUUCAGUCCCUGCUCCUCUCCCUUCACAAUAUAAAGUUACAGAACACAAACAGAAAACAUCAAACAGAGUUAAUAAACGGAGAAAACAGAGCAAAAGACCGAAUUUUCAAUGUUUGUUUCCAUGCAAUGGCAAUUGCAGGCUCAGAUACUCAAAACCCACCAAGCAAAGUGACUGCUCCGAUUGAAAUUCACUGCGUUAAAUGCGAGUCCUGCGGGUUCACAGAGGAAUGCACACCAACUUAUAUCAUGCGUGUCCGGGAACGUUACCAGGGCCGUUGGAUUUGUGGGCUCUGCAUAGAGGCGGUCAAGGAUGAGGCUCUGAGAUCGGAUACGGUUAUCUCCAUCGAGGAAGCACUGGACCGACACAUCAGUUUCUGCAAGAAGUUUAGAGCGUCGAGUCCUUUGGAUGAAACAGAGCACCCCAUCUCUGCCAUGGGCAGGAUUCUUCGUCGAUGUCUGGAUUCACCGCGAGCUCUUAGGUCUAAUUCAAGUAUUGUCUUGCCGGGAUUUGAAGGAGUCAAGGUUCCUUCUCUUGUUCGAUCUGAGAGUUGUUUCUCAGCUCUUUCUAGCUGAAUUAUUCUUCUCAAGUUUAAAGGUAAAAAUAUAUUAAGAAAAAAAGGAAACAAAGGAACUCUGUUUCAAUGUCAGAUUGCUAUAUAAACUACAAAUACAGGGUCUUUAUUGCUAUAAUGUUUUGGCAUCUGAAUUUAUGGACCUUCUAGAUCCAGUGUUUAUAGCAUAUAUCUGAUGAACUUCUUCAGGUUUCAAAGUU